AAAACAAGACUUUGAAAAGAAGAAAAAGAGGAGGGGCAAUGGAGGGAAAGAGAAAAUAUAUCGCGCGCAGGUGAUGCGAAAACACCGCCUUCUCUCUCAUCACCACCAUAUCCAAUUUUACUUUCUCUCUCUUCCAUCCUUCAUCGUCCCCGGACUCCUUAUCGUAACCACCACUUUCUCUCUCUUUAUCACUUCCAAAACCCUAGAUUUCUUUUUUCAGACGCCGAAUUGCUUCAUCUUAAGAUCUGUUUCUGUUUUUGAUCGAGGUUGCAGAGUUUCCUACAGCAUUAUUUUUACUUAGAUUUUUUGGCCUUUGAACAUUAAUUUGUGACCAUGGAUGAUAAAAGCUUAGCCACCGGGGAAACUGUGUCUGAUUUAAAUUCCACAUGUGCGUCCGAUGAAAAAGUUGUUAAUAAUCAUGAAAAUCCAGAAAUUUUACCGGAUGGUUCAUCAAAAGGUUCAACUUUCGAUCCAAUAAACGCAUCUCAGGAAAAUGAAACCAAGGUAAUAAGUCAAACACCAGGUCAACGUAAGCGUGGGCGACCCAGAAAAAUACAAACUGCGCCUGAUUUGAAUUCCAAUAAUCAUGAAAUUUCAGAAAAUUUACCGAGUGGUCCACCAAGUGGUUCAAGUUUUGAUCAGUUAAAUACAACUCGAGAAAAUGAAAGCAAGGGAUUAAGUCAAACACCAGGUCAACGUAAGCGUGGGCGACCCAGAAAAGUAGUAACUGUUUCGGAUUUAAAUUCCAGUUGCGCAUGUGAUGAAAAAGUUGUUAGUAAUCACGAAAGUUCACAAAAUUUACCGGACGGUCCGUCAGGAGGUUCAAGUCUUGAUCAAUUAAACGCAACUCAGGAAAACGAAAGUCAAACACCAGGUCGGCGUAAGCGUGGGCGACCCAGAAAAAACGAAAGCAUGAUUACUACAAGUCAAGAAAAUAAUGAAUGGGUUGAUGCUUCUCUACAAGAACCAGAUAGCAAAGAAAAUAAGGGGAGGGAGAUUAAUAAAAGGAUGAAUAAAGAACAUAAUAAUGAAUUUUCAAAAAUAAAAACACAUUUAAGAUAUUUGUUAAAUCGAAUGAAAUACGAGCAAAACUUCAUUGAUGCGUAUGCUGGUGAAGGAUGGAAAGGGCAGAGCUUAGAAAAACUAAGACCAGAGAAGGAGCUUGAACGCGCCAAAUCAGAUAUUAACCGUUACAAAUUGAAAAUACGAGAUUUAUUUAAACGGGUCGACGCAUCAUGUGAGGAAGGAAGGAUUCCAGAGUCAUUAUAUGAUUCCGAAGGGCUAAUCGACAGUGAAGAUAUAUUCUGUGCAAAAUGUAGAAAGAUUGAAGUCUCGCUUGACAAUGAUAUUAUUCUUUGUGAUGGUUCGUGUGAACGUGGAUUCCAUCAGUUUUGUUUGGAUCCACCUCUACUUAAAGAACAAGUUCCUCCUGGUGAUCAAGGGUGGCUUUGUCCUGCUUGUGAUUGUAAAGCUGAUUCUUUUCGUUUACUUAAUGAUUCUUUCGGGACCGAUCUUUCUAUCGAGGAUAACUGGGAGAAGGUUUUUCCUGAAACUGUAGCUUCUGGGAAUAAGUUGGAUGAUACUUUAGGACUUCCGUCUGAUGAUUCAGAAGACGAUGAUUAUAAUCCCGAUGGUCCACAGUUAGAAGAAAAGGUAGAUGCAGAGGAUUCUAGCUCCGACGACGCUGAUGAUUUGGCGGCUGUAACAAACAAUGAACAGUUAGGAGAUUCUUCUGAUGAUUCAGAGGAUGAUGAUUUCAACCCUGAUAGAGUAGAUUCAGAUGACGAUGAAGAUGUUAAGAUGAAAGGUUCCGGUUCAGAGUUUACGUCGGAUUCAGAUGAUCUUGGUGACGUAAAGAACGAAGUGGCGUCGACUGAUGUUCAAGGGGUUGAUACAUCCGGAGAUAAAGAAGAGUUGCCGGAACCAAAUAUGGAAAAUGACGAUUCUGCCCCCAUAACUGCAAAGAGGAAUGUUGAGAGAUUGGACUAUAAAAAACUGCAUGAUGAGGCGUAUGGAAAUAUUUCUUCGGAUUCCAGUGAUGAUGAAGAUUUUUAUGAUUCUGAUGCGCCAAGUGGACUGAAAACGACCACUAGAAAAGAGAACCGAAGCGUAACUACACCCGUAAGAAACGCUAGUAAGACGUUAGAUGUUGAGGGCACAAGUGAUAAAAGUGGAAAUAAAUCGUCGAAUAGAAGAAUUGGGAAAGCUGCUACUCAGAGGCUCUAUGAAGCUUUCAAGGAAAACCAUUAUCCUGACCGAACCGUCAGAGAGAAUUUGGUCAAAGAGUUGAAUCUUACUCACAGUCAGGUCAGCAAAUGGUUUGGAAAUGCGCGAUGGAGCUUUAAUCAUCCAGAAGGGCGCACUAAAAUAGUUAAGUCGCCUAAAAGAUAGCGACACUCGUCCUAAAGUGCAAUUAUGUUUCAUCUCAAGUUUUGAUCUUUUAUGAACGAUUUGACGACAAGACUCGCCGAAAGGCCAACAUUGAUGGAUCUUGAAGGUGAAUUGGAUAAAGGGUGUUGUUUACCUCAAAUAUAUCAUCUUACAAGAAUCAGGACUUUGAAGUUGGUGAGUACGUGUUAUCUAAUCAAGUGGAUUUGAUUCUAAAUUUGUUUUAAUUUGGCGGUGUUGUAGCGGUUGUAACUGCUUGUCAGAAUUUAGUUAUAUUUGAGGAAAAGAAAACAGGUUUUUGUUAUUACAAAUAGACAUUUUUAGAGAUGUGUAUGCAGACUGAUUCAUACACUUUUAAUUUUAAGAGUAAAUUACAAAACUCGUCCUUUAUGUUGA